UACGCAAUGAAUCAUGUCAGAUUUGGGAUUAUCUGCUGGAGCUGUCUGCUCAUUAUAAUAGCCCCGAAAACGGAAGCACUUUCGGUAUGGAAAUUACCCACAGCGGAAAAAGUGUAUCAGGAACUGGAAAGCUGCCGGCAAGAAAACCAAGACAAGGAUGCAGGCACCUUGAGGUGUUUGGUCAAAGAACUGGGACUUUGGACAGAUGAGAGCGGCUACAAUGCCAAGCGGAUAGCAAAGAUCUUUGCCGGGCAUAACCAAAUGGAGGAGCUGAUGCUGGUGGUGGACUACUGCAACCGAAAGGAGCAGAAUCUGAGCCAAUUGGAUGACUGGGCGUACCUGGCCUACAGGUGCGCCACUUCGGGCCAGUUUGGCCAUUGGGUCAAGGAUUUCAUGAGCCAAAAGGAAAGAGAUUAAUAAAUAAUUAAGGAAUUUAGUUUUUUAAUUCGUUUUUAUUUACGACUUGAACUGCAAGCAAGCGAUCAGAUGGGUCUGGGAUGGCAGGAAUAACUGUCCCUCUAGACCUGGACACUGUGCUGGACCAGCUGCAGAUUGGCGUUCAUGAAG